GAGAUGGAGGAAAAACAGGGAGCAGGGGUGAGAAAGAAAAGGACAACUCUCCUCCUGUUGCUGCCUUCUCAUUUCUCUCUCAAAACAUCCCUUCUGUCACAACAUCUGACGCUGUCUCUGCUCCCUCUCUACCGCCCGCCGAUGCCAAAACACACGUACACAUAUCAGUUUAAUGAGUGCGUAUGAGAGGUCUUUGAUCAUUCUGGGACGCUAAUAACAGGAAUCUAAUUUGAUCUGCUGGUGCACGGUCUUCGUGUGCACUCCUUGUCCUGCACUUAAUGGGGAUCAAAGUCGGGCCAACAGCAACAUGGUUCAUAUCUAAACAAUCAGAAGGAAAUGACAUUAAUUCACCGCUGCAGCCCGGACAUCAAAACAACCCGCUCGCUCUCCGCUCGAGUACCCCAUCUUUAUUUUACCCCUGCUUUUCAUAAAACCAAGAAAAGGGGAGGGAUGUGUUAAAAGAGGAGGGGGGGGGAGACAGGAGGAGAAGGGGAGAUGGGAGUCAGCAGCGGGAGUUGGCUGAGUAAUAAGCAAGAGGGGAACCCAGCAUGGAUGCGGCUAGUUUGUGCAACAGCAGAUCAGGUUAUCCUGGAGCCUACAGAUGCUUCACGGGACGCUGAGGGCGAGGACGAGGUGUUGCCCCAGCUGGUGUGGGAUGCUAAAGGCCGCUUUCCUGGCCCGGACUUCCUGUGUCGCCUGGUGAAAUACCUGCAGGUCCUCGGGAUGUUCGCCUCCUCCUACAUGAUCGUAGCCAUGACGAUGGACCGGCACUACGCCAUCUGCUGCCCCCUGCAGGCGCACCGCAGCGGCGCCACCCAACGCUGGAACAGCUUCAUACUGCUGGCAUGGGGGCUGUCACUGCUGCUCAGCCUGCCACAGGUUUUCAUCUUCUCCCGUUCAGAAGUGGCUCCAGGUGUCUAUGAGUGUUGGGGCAACUUUGCUGAGUCGUGGGGCCUCAAAGCCUACGUGACCUGGAUGACCCUGGCUGUCUUCAUCCUCCCUGCCCUCGUCAUCACUGUCUGCCAGGUGCGAAUCUUCAUGGAGAUCCACAACAGUCUGCACGUGAAGUCAGAGCGCCGCCUGUCCCCCGCCUCCCUCUCUCCAUCCAGACGGGACAGCCAGAGAGCGGGGGGAGGAGGCGGCAGAGGGAGGUCCGGUCUCUCCCUGUACGUUUCACCACUCAUGUUCAAAAACCCUGGCAGCGACACCAGCUUUGACCCUGGAUCCAUCUCUCAGCACCUGCCCAUGGGUCCACUCGGGGCCAACAGCAUCAUGUCACAUUGUGAUCCUCACACAUACGCUGUUCACCCAGUUGAGUUGAAGCCUGAUGUGCUGCCUGGCCCUGUAGCGCCCUCUGCUGUCUGCUGCCGUUUGCCCAAAGCCCCCCCGGCGCGUGGUGGAGAUGUAUCAGCGGCCAUGUCAAAGACAGUGAGGAUGACGCUGGUCAUAGUGCUCGUCUACUCGCUCUGCUGGGCCCCGUUUUUCAGCGUCCAGCUGUGGGCCGCCUGGAACCCCGACCCAUCUCAGAACGGUGCAGUGUUCACCCUGCUGAUGCUGCUGGCCAGUCUGAACUCGUGCACCAACCCGUGGAUCUACUCGGCCUUCUCCAGCAGCGUCUCCCCGGAGCUCCGCCUGCUGCUGCUCUGUCGCACCGCCUCACAGCGCCGGGGCUCGUUACCGAACGACUCCACCACCACACACAACUCCAACUGUUGAACAAUACACACAGCCAACACAGUCAAGUGCAAAAUCCUGUAAUGAUGGGAC